AUGCUGAAGCCUACCUUUUCGUUCCUCCUUCGCAGAUCUGACGAUGGAGCGCUGUACGCGUCCGUCGCAAUCAGUUGGAUUGCCUUGAUCUGGAAAUACUUCCUCAGCCAGCCGUAUCGGUCACGACUAUCGAACGCCUCCACCUCCGAUGUACCGCACGUCACCGCCAUCCGGCCUGUCAAGGGCCUCGAGCCGCACCUCUAUGACUGCCUCGCUGCCACCUUUCGACAGGACUACCCGACUGACAAGCUCAGCAUUCGUCUCUGCGUAGCGACACGUGACGACCCCGCCUACCCUACCCUCUGUAAACUAAUCACCGACUUCCCGCAUGUCGACGCGCGGAUUUUCGUCGAAGACGAAGAUCCACUCUUGCAACAGGAUGGCGUCAAUAAAUACACGCUUGGACCGAAUCCCAAAAUCCGGAAUAUGAGUCGCGCAUACCGUGAAGCGAAAGGAGAUAUCGUCUGGAUCAUUGACUGCAAUGUCUGGGUCGGGAAGGGAGUCUGUGCCCGGAUGGUGGACAGGCUGUGCGGGUCUGGACCGUCAUCGACCAAGAAAUACAAGUUUGUGCACCACCUACCCGUGGCUGUUGAUGUGACGGGAGAGAGCAACCUGCGUGAAGAGCGACAGGCGCUCGUAGACGCGAACCCAGAAUCCACGGAUGCCGAUGCAGCGGCCGCAGCGAUGCCGUCCGUCCGUCCGGAGGAUGGGCCUGCAGCCAUGAUCGCAACUGGAGGUGGUCGCUUGGAAGAGCUGUUCCUGUCCUCUGCGCAUGCGAAAAUGUACACCGCGAUCAACACGGUUCUCGUUGCGCCGUGCAUCGUGGGAAAAUCCAAUAUGUUCCGCCGCUCUCAUCUCGACUAUCUCACCGGUCCGUCCGCCUCGGAUCCCCAGGCUCGCCAUCCCGGUAUCGAUUUCUUCUCCGACAAUAUUUGUGAGGAUCAUCUGAUCGGUGAUCUGCUGUGGAAGAAGCAGGUGCGGGAAGAGAAAGAGCUCCGCGAGCGUUGGGGCAAGCAUGCCAUGGUCUUUGGUGACAUGGCUAUUCAGCCUGUUGCCAACAUGAGCGUGCCAGCAUACAUUGCUCGUCGUGUGCGGUGGCUGCGAGUGCGUAAAUUUACUGUUCUCCUCGCUACGCUUGUCGAACCAGGCACCGAAUCAUUCCUGUGCACAAUAUAUGGUGCAUGGGGUGUCACUUCUGCCUUGGCGCCAUAUCUGGAGCGGAAUGGCGUGCAAUUUGCUGCCCAUCUCGGAACGUGGGAUGCGUUUUUCGUUUUGUUCGCCUUUGGCAUCCUCUUCUGGAUCCUGAUCGACUGGACACUGUACGUCAAACUACAUUCCGCAAAAUGCAUCGAGUUGGAUGAGGAUACCCCGGCUUUUGCUCGGCCUCAACGCUUCCGAUCAUCCCAAACUACUCGACGCCCGUUCAGGCAAUGGUUUGGCGCUUGGCUCGGCCGCGAACUGCUAGCCCUGCCUAUCUGGAUCAUGGCCGUGUAUGGCGGUGUGACAGUCGUCUGGCGAGACCGGCGCUUUAAGGUCGGCUUCGAUGCGAAAGUCCGGGAGAUCGAUCCCCCUACUCCGCUACCAGCAGAGGUUUCGUCAGCAGCGGGCAAGGUCCGCAGUGAUUGA